UUUAUUUUGUGACGUAAUUGUAAAAUUAUGUCGAAUAAAUGUUAGCGGUUAGUAAAGUCGAGAAUGUAAUUUUAUUGUGAAUAAUUUGCUUUAUCAUUAAACUUUUUUUUCUCUUCUUAAGAAUGAUAAUUCUUUUCAAUCAUUGUGACCAACAUCAAGUAGGAAUUUCCCAAGUCAAUAAUUUGAUAAUGGGGGCUAUUUUGACAUAACUAAUUAAUAUUGUUUUGUAAAUAAUCGUAGUAAAAUUUCUUAAAAUUGUUAUAUUUAUUAAGUAUUACAAUAACUAAGACAAUUUAGGUGCAAUAUUAGUGUCACGUGGUUUGCGCAGUCAUAUCUUCGUGGUGCUUCAAGUAUUUUUACUCAGCAAAUGCCAAUUACUAACUGCCAGUUUAAUGUGUAUUUUUUUUAUUUGAAGUGAUAUAUCAUAUUUAGUCUAACAACAAUGGCUCUUUUAAAUUUAGGGGAGGAUCCUUGGUUGGUUGAAUAUGAGUCUUGUGAGAAAUUAUACAGAGAUAUCAUGGAACAGCUAAUGCAGCGUCAGAAGCUUUCCAGAACCAGUGAUAAAUAUUCACAUCUAUCUGCAACAAUUCGCUUGAGACUAAAACAAUACAAUAAUGAAGUGGGACAAUUAAAGCAAAAAUUAGACAUAACAACGAGAAGUGACUCUAUAACCGCUGCUGAAUCUGAAAGAAGAACAAGACAAUUAGAAAUAUUACAUUCAAAUUCCAUAAAAAUGCAAAAUUUAUUUCAAAAUCAGGCGUCAAGUAAAGCGCAAGAAGAUAGAAUAAGACUUAUGGGAGAUGCUGGGGCUUCUGCUUGGGGAGAUAGUCAAACUCGUGAUGAAUUAUCUAAUUAUUCAGCUGAUCAGUUGAAAACGGAUCAAAAACGAAUGCUGGAUGAACAAGAACAAGGUCUUGAUAAUUUGGCGCAAAUAAUAUCACGUCAAAAAAAUAUCGCGCAUACAAUUUCAAAUGAAGUUGACUUACAUAAUGAAAUACUAGAUGAUUUGGGGACCCACAUUGAUAGAACCGAUAACAGAGUUAGGACUGAAACUCAACAUAUUUCAGUCGUUGAAGCCAAAGAUAAAACUUGCAUUUAUUGGGUUGUCAUUAUUUUAUUAUUUAUAAGUAUAAUCGCAGUUGCAGCAAUUUGACGCUUGAAUACAUUUUAUAACCAGUUUUACUUACAAUGUGAUUUAUAUUUUAUUAAACAAAUACAUAUUCUAGAAUGUAUCAGUUUAGAUUAAAACAGAAUUUAUACAACA